UUUUUGAUUUGGCAUAGUACAGUUAUAUAUACAUGUAUAUGCAAGCAUGACGAAGGCAUUCAAAUGUGGCAUCACAUUCCUGUUACUGGGAACCUUGAGUCUAGCUGUCCUAGGACAAUUCAAGAAGUUAGGAAGUCACAAACCCCCGUCUAAAGGUGCAACAGUUGUGGCAGGACAGUUUCCUGUGCCGGGUGUAUUUUAUUAUCAUUUCAUACAAGUAGGUCAGCCACUGUUGAUGAAAAAUGUUCUCAAUGAAACUGGAUAUACAGCUUUUCAGAAAUGGACAGAUGACUAUCUAAGAACAAAGUAUGGUGAUGAAAGAGUUGAGAUAGAGAGAGGUAAGAAGGAAGAUAGAAACGGGAAGGCAUUGGAGCUGAAACUUUCAAAAUUCCUCGAUAUCUACAAGGACAGUAACCUAUACAUGGUUCAUACAGUGCCUGAUAGCAUGAAAGAGGAAGUAUUGGUACCACCAAGUCUUCAGUGUGGAGGUUUCCAGGACAACCUACAAGAUGCUGUACUUUGGUUCUCUAGUGGGGGUACAAAGUCGGUCUUGCAUUAUGAUACAGUAGACAAUAUUAACUGUCUUCUUGAUGGAGAGAAAAAACUAGUCCUUAUAGACAAGAAAUAUAAGAGGAUGGUGGAGGAACAUGGCUGGGUGGAGGAUGGUGGCUAUAGUGAGGUAGAUGUAGACUCUGUGGAUCCCGGCAUGUUCCCUGGUGUAUAUAAUGCUGCCUGGUACCAGAUUAACAUGCAGAAAGGAGAUUGUGUAUACAUACCUUACAAAUGGUAUCAUCAUGUGUAUUCGCCACCAGGGAGAAAUUUGGCAGUAAAUCUGUGGUUCUCACAUCUAUGGUGGUUCAAUCAGACGGACUGCAAUGAUCACAGCAGCACUGAGAAUAAACCUCUCUCUCAUUUUACCAUGGCAUCCCCAAAUUCGCAACUACGAUCAGAAUUUCUGUCAAAUUUUGGUGGAUCUAAGGGUGUGAGUCAGAAAUUUUUCAUAAUGAAGAGUGGUUGUAAAAGUGAAGAGGAUGCUGUCAAGCUAUGGGAAAUGCUUAAUACAAACAAUGACAGGCAGUUGACAUGGGAGGAGUUUUACAGUUUUGACAUUGACGAGGCUGUACAGAAGGUACCUCAGUGCUUUAAUGUCGAGAUUGAAGGUGAGGAGGUCGAAGAAAACCAGAAUGAAGAUUAUGAAGAUGAUAUACAGAAGGGAGACAUAAUUGAUGAAGAAGGGACAGUAGAAAACCUUAAUGAGGAAGGGAAAGUAGAAGAUCAAGUUAAAACUGCAAAGAGAGACAACAUUGAUGAAGAAGAGAUGGUAGAAAAUCAAGAUAAAGUUGGGAAGGGAGACAACAUUGAUGAAAAUGGGAGCAAAAGCAGGAUAAAAAAUGUUGAAAUUAAAGAUACUCCUUUUGAAACAAAUGGAAAUUUAGACACAGAAAGUGUUGGAGAUAGUGUGCAUAAGGUUACUGACAAUGGAGAAAUAAAUGUAGAUAUCAUAUCUAAUGGCAUAUUUGCAGAUGAUGGAAUAGAAACUGAAGUUUUAAUAUCAGAAAAAAGCGAAGAAACUGUAUUAACUGCUGUAAAUGAUGAUUUAAAUACUGACAAAAAUAUGGAUACUGAUAGAGAAGAUUCUACGCAUGACAAAAGAAAAUUAGAACACGAUGAGUUUUAGAUUUUUUCAUAGGAAAAUAUUUAGCUAGAAUUUAGUUAGAAAAAUGUAAUAAGAUAUGAUGUUUUGCAAGUUAGAAAUAGAGUAAAUCUUACAGAACAAUUAGGAACAUUCUUCUUAGCUUUAGACACAGACAAAAUAUUUAACCCUUUCCUUGCUAGAUUUUCGUAAUGGAUUUGCCCUGCUUUGAAUAGGUGCAAUGAUUCAGCCUUCACUUGAGUUGCGAUAAAAUUAAUUUUAUUAAUUUUUAAUCUGAUUACUCAGACUAUGUUAACAUUAAUUUUUCUAAAUUUAAAAACAAAAUUUAGCUACAAUAAAAGACUUCCAACUUUGACCAUCCAAAAGAGUGUGAAGAAUUUUUUAUUUGUCUUCAAUUUUUAAACAACUUGUUUAAGUGUUUACAUUACCCUCGAUUUGAUUGGUAAAGGAAGAACUUGUAACCAAUGAAAGAAACCCUUGAUUAGAAAAAAUUUGUUUUACAUCAGAAAGGAUAAAACGAAAAAAGAAUCAAAUAUUACAAUGACUUAUCAAGAAUUGAAUCGUUGGCUCUGAAACUAGCUUUGAAUUUGAAAAUGUCCCUUCAAAGUUUAUGAUAUUUCAAUAUCAAUGUAUACAAAAAUAAACUACCAACUGUAUAGAGCCUAGUCAGACUGCACAAAUGUCUGUAUUGAGUAUCUUAACACAAUACUUUUAUAUAUUUAACUUAAGUACUUGUUAUAUCUGUAUUGAGUAUCUUAACACAAUACUUUUAUAUAUUUAACUUAAGUACUUGUUAUAUCUGUAUUGAGUAUCUUAACACAAUACUUUUAUAUAUUUAACUUAAGUACUUGUUAUUGAUCUAUAUGUUGUAUAUAUUAGUUAGUCUUUAACCAAGUACAAUGUAGUUUUUUUUGCUGAAAAAUCUGGAGAAAGAGUGAUCCCUCCAAAGCAUUAACUACAACAAGAUAACAUGAAAACUGCAGACUCAGUUUGAUUGAGUCUGUACAUGAGGGAUAAUGAAAAGUGCAGUAUACCUCACACCCCCUUGCACUGGCUUGAGUGGUACACAAUUUUCAACACUUCAACACAGAAAAUAUAACAACACUUAAUAUUUCUCAAUAUUGUGGGUUCAAAUCUCACCAUGUCAAAAGUUUGUGUCAGCUUUUUGAUAGUUGUUGAUUAUAUAUUGGGGUGUGUGACUGAAUGUACAGUAAACUGUAAUUUCUGCCACAUCAC